UACGCAGUAACACAAACGAAAAUGGCGAACUUACAGUAGUGUCACAAUUAGAUAUGUAUUAAAAUAAAUAAAAAUGUUUUCAAUAACAUCUUGUACAUUUUUAUGUGUUUUUUUUGUACUCUGGAGUCCGGAAACAUGUGCAUCAGACAUACCACAUCUGCUCCUGUACAGCCCAGGUGAUGUUCAGUACACAGACGUCCUGGUGAAAAGAGUAAAUGACAAUUUGACCCUCAUUUGUGAGCUGCAAGGGGACAACACAAAGAGGAGAUAUGUCUGGAACUAUGUCGCUUCGGAUCUGGGAAAUGUCACAGAUUUUAAAACACCAUACACAGUUGAUACAUUAGCACCGAGCAACAGGAGUACAUUGUACAAAACAGAGCUCCAGAUCUCGGACAGCGGUCAUUACAUGUGUUCGGCCCCACCAUUCAGUGUUACCAAGUAUAUUGUUGUACAAAAUAAAGGUGCUGUGGGCUGCGCCAGGGGGGCCCUCAGCUGCGGCUUCCGUUGCGUGCUGCCGGCCUACGUGUGCGACGGCCGCACGGACUGCGCCGACGCAGAAGACGAGCACCCCCUCAUGUGCGGAGAGAACGUUUGCAUGCGGUCGGACCGGCUGAACUGCUCGGACGGGCGCUGCGUGCCGGCCGCGGCGUGCUGCGGGGCGCCAGCCGCGCUAUGUCGCCAGCCGGCCUGUUGCAACGAGCACCCUUCCUACUCCAGGCUCGAGGGUCCUAUUGAAGUGGAGUACCCUCAAGUGUUUGAUGACAGACAUGCUCCAGACGACUACGGCUUUAUACAAUCCACCAUCUACACUGUGACCGCCUGCGCCUUGAUCUUCAUGAUAGCGGUGGUGCUGCUGAUAUCGGCGAUAUGCAAGAUGCACAUGAAGAGGGCCGCCCUCCGGAGCUACGCCCACGCGGAGCGAGCCACCCGCCGCCACUACAGCGUCCACUACGCACAGACGCAGCGCUUCCCGCCAUGCUACGAGGCGUCGCGGCUACUGGAGGACGGGCGGGCCGCCUCCCCCGCGCACUCUCCGCACGACUCGCCCGCCCGCCAGAACCUGCAGUGCAACCCCGGAUGCCCUCCGGCCGCUGAGCUGGAGACCAGACCCGGCUUCGGGCUGGCGAGUUUGUCCGCCAUCUUCUCGUCUAGAUACAGACAGGUCCCACUCCCCCCUGCCGAAGUGGAGAUGAACGCGAUCAGGGCCUCCUCGACCAGCUCCAGCAUCCAAAACUACCGGAGCCCCACGUACUGCGACCUCCAAGAGGAGCUGUUCGCCAGUCCUGAGUCUCAGGCCACGGGCAGGGACCUCAACUAUAUGGCCGCCCCUCUGGAACUGUUCCGCAGACGGGCGAGGAGCUCGCUGGACCGACAGCGCCUCACGCUGCAGCUGGGUCGGUUCCAGUUGACGCUGCCCUUCCGGGACCGGAGACCGGACACGCCCAACGUUUCUGAAGUCGACGACGAGGACACGUACACCCUCAACGGCAGGACCAUCCGGCUGCUGGGCGCCGACCUGGAGAACUACCCGGUCGUGUCGGACGGCAUCGCGAGGCCGCCGCCCUACGCGGAGGCGGUCCGCUACAAGCUCUUUGGGCCGCCGCCAGAGUACCUCAGCAGGGAAGCGCUGAAUCUUAGGGUCGAUAUGGAGGCGAGGACCAAUGUGGAGAUGCCGCCACGCUACGAUGAUCUAGCGUCGGGCGCCUCCUCCGACAGCCAACCGCGAGCGCCGGAGAGUAACGGAGUCGCCCCCACCCUGAGCUCGGUCAUCGACGACCUGCCGGAUAUCGACAAUGACGCGCCCGGCACCGCCUCCUCUCUGGCGCCGCACUAGCGGCUGAUGAUGCAGCCUCCAACCACCGAGCCAGCAAGUCGGUCAUCGGUCAUGUCUUUAAAGACGCUCUGCGAAAAAUAUUCGGAUAAUUUC